AUGAUUAUAAACACAUGAUCACACGACAGAGAAGCAGUUCCACUUCAAAAUGGCUUUAGGCUGUAAUAGUUUAGAGAAAUAUCCAGCUGUUGUAGUGACUGUUUUGGCGUGUGUUUUCCUCGCCCCGUGCGCUGCUCACUACAGAAGCUCGCGCAGAAAUGAAGCUCUGGUGCACGUGAAGUCUGAUGUGCACGAGCAGUGGUUCACUCAGAGACUGGAUCACUUCAACGGCGCAGACACUCGAGUCUGGAAACAGAGAUACUUUGUGAAUGAGAGUUUCUAUAGAGCCGGUGGUCCGGUGUUCCUGAUGAUCGGGGGGGAAGGUCCGGCUAGCCCCGCCUGGAUGCAGUACGGGUCCUGGAUGCUCUACGCACAGAAACUGGGAGCCCUGUGUUUAUUACUGGAGCACCGCUUCUACGGGAAGAGUCACCCGACCGAGGAUCUGAGCGCAGGGAAUCUGCGUUUCCUCAGUAGUCGUCAGGCUCUGGCCGAUCUCGCUCACUUCCGCUCAGUCACUGCAGCAACACGAGGCCUGACCAAUAGCAAGUGGGUUGCAUUUGGGGGCUCUUACCCAGGAUCCCUUGCUGCCUGGUUCCGUCUGAAGUACCCGCACCUGGUCCACGCUUCUGUGGCGACCAGCGCACCCGUACACGCCACGGUCAACUUCCCAGAAUAUUUAGAGGUGGUGUGGCGAUCGCUGGCGGCGGAGAACCCAGACUGCCCCCUACUGGUGAAGAAAGCAUCGGACAUGUUGGUUGAUCGGCUCAGCGACCCGAAAACGUAUGACAACAUCACAAAGGACUUCAGGUUGUGCUCUAAGCUCCAGAUCCAGUCCAAGAUGGAUUCUGCGUAUCUUCUGGAGUCUUUGGCUGGGAAUUUCAUGGAUGUGGUGCAAUACAACGAGGACAACCGGGGCUUUGAGGGCGCUGUGGGCACUAACAUCACGAUAAAGGUGUUGUGCAGUGUGAUGCUGGACUCUUCUCUAGGCGGGCCGUACGACCGAUACGCCGCUGUGGCUCGUCUGAUGCAGAACACCUUCUCCCAGUCCUGCAUAAACACCCAGUACAACAGCUACGUCCAGGACAUGAGCAACACCAGCUGGAGCGGCCCGGAGGCCGGAGGAGGGCGGCAGUGGGUGUAUCAGACCUGCACUGAAUUUGGGUUUUAUCAGAGCACCGAUUCACCGAACCAGCCCUUCAAUGGUUUUCCCUUACCGUAUUUCCUGCAGCAGUGCGCUGAUAUAUAUAACCUGAGCACCUCGUUAGAUGAUGCUAUUCAGCAGACCAAUGAGGAAUACGGAGGAUAUGACAUCAAAAGCACUCGCAUCGUCUUCCCCAACGGUUCGAUUGACCCCUGGCACGCUCUCGGAGUGACCCAGGACAUCGCAAGUGACCUUCCGGCUGUCUUCAUCAAAGGAACGGCUCAUUGUGCAAACAUGUACCCGCCCCGAGCAGAAGACCUUCCUCAGCUGGGUCUGGCACGGGACCGCAUCUUCAUCCUGCUCCAAAAGUGGCUGGCCGAGUGAUUGACAGCAACAGCGGCCAAUCAGAUGCUCAGACGCAUGUGUAAUGGCCAAUCAGGUGCUUCUGCUGUCUAAUGGUACUAAGGAAAUUCUUGCUUUAGAAAUCCGUUUUGGCACUGUUUUUAUUACAAUCAUUUUUUUAACAAUCAGUUUAGUUUGUAAUAUGUUUAUGAAAGUAUGAAUGAAUGAAUGUCUUUUUUCUUGAUGUAAAUCACUUGUAUAUUUUGCAGUUUCUCAAUAAAGGAAGUUUUGUGAUGUCGAAAA